CCUGGAUCUGGGUAAAUGCAGGGGAAAAUACGAAGUCAGGGUGCUCAGGGAACAUUGGAUGCUGUGGCGCUCCCACACCAGCCUCCUCCCAAGGGCAGCAGGCUGGCUCCUGGGAGGAGUGGCAGCACAGAGAGGUCCUCAUACCUGUCCCCAUCCCUGUUCCUGCAGAGCUGCAUCAGCAGGCAGCAGCUCCUGGCUGCCAUCCGGCAGAUGCAGCAGCUGCUGAAGGGCCAGGAGACACGGUUCUCUGAGGGGCUGCAUGCCGUGAGGAGCCGCCUCAGCACCAUCCAUGCCUCCCUGGCCAAAGCCACCCCAGAGUUGCCCGCUGCUUCCUGUCCUGCCCUCCAAGCCCCUGCAGGUGGGAGGAAGUUUGGCACCAAAUAUUUGGUGGGUCAUGAGGUUCACUUUGCCUGUGAUCCAGGAUUCCAGCUCCUGGGCUCCAGCACACGAAUGUGCCAGGCCAACGGCAGCUGGACAGGGCAGGAGCCCCGCUGUGCAGAGAUCAGCGAAUGCUUGAGCAGCCUCUGCCAGAAUGGUGGGACGUGCUUGGAAGGUCUCAACCACAUCAAAUGCCUCUGCCCCCCGCAGUGGACCGGGACCACCUGCCAGUACCAGGUUCAGACUGCUCCUCCCACCUGGAGCGUGAUGGAUGAUCCGGUCUUCAGCCGGCAGCCCCGCUGUGCCCAGAUCGCCCAGACUCAGCAGUGCAGCUGCGAUCCCGGCUUCCACAUGAGCGGCACGGCUUCCAACGGGAUCUGCCAGGACCUCAACGAGUGCGAAGUGUACCAGCAGGAAGGGGGACCCCGGCUCUGUGCCCAUGCCUGCAUCAACAUUCCUGGCUCCUUUCUGUGCUCCUGCCCCGCUGGAUAUGUCCUGCUGGGCGACGGCAAGAGCUGUAAAGAUAUUGAUGAGUGUUCCCUAUCCCAGGAUAAUUGCACGAGUGGGAGCACCUGCAUCAACACUGGGGGGGGAUUCCAGUGCGUCACCCCCCAGUGUCCCCCAGCCACCGGCAACAUCUCCUAUGUCAAAACCUCCCCCUUCCAGUGCGAGCGCAACCCAUGCCCCAUGGAGAGCCGCUCGUGCCACCAGACACCCAAAACCAUCUCCUUCCACUACCUCUCGCUUCCCUCCAAGCUCCAGACUCCAGCACCGCUGUUCCGCAUGGCCACGGCGGCGGCUCCUGGCCGGCCGGGCCCUGACAGCCUCCGCUUCGGCAUCGUGGGUGGGAACAACCACGGGCACUUUGUGGUGCAGCGCUCAGACCGGCACACCGGGGAGCUGCUGCUGGUGCAGAGCCUGCAGGGGCCCCACACCAUCCACAUAGAUGUGGACAUGGCCGAGUACCUGGAUCGGGUGUUCCAGACCAAGCACCUGUCCAAAAUCACCCUCUUUGUCUCAGCCUAUGAGUUUUAGGGGUCACUCCUGCUCCUCGCCCAGCAUCCCAUGGCUGCCCGGGAAAGUACAGGCUGGAGGUGCUCUGCAGCCAGCUGGCAUCCCCUCUGUCCCAAAGUUCUUCUUCACAUGUGGAUUUAUGCCUGCCAGGGGGAUUUACACCACCAAAUGAGGUGGAAAAGCAGUGGGAAGCCCCAUCCUCAUCCCAGCUCCAGAGAGACGAUGUCCUACAACAGCAUAUGGAAGCCACAGCCCUGAUUUCCUUUGAAUUCCCAUUUUUUCCUUUAGGAAGCAGUGAAGCCAAGUGUGAGGGAAGAGGGAGGCUCAUGGCCUUUCCUGCUCUCCUUCCCUGUUGCACCCAGUUCUGCUUCCUAAAACACACUUCCACCGUCCCUUUGGAAUGCUAAGAAUCCCCCUGGCAGCCUGUAGGGAUUGAGGUUUGGUGCCUCAGUCCCCUGGGAUUGAUUGGGACUGGAAAACUCCAUGAACACCUGGGUGCCCUCCUUGUCAAGUGGGGAAAAGAAGGAAUUCCAGGGCUAUCCCUGCUCCUUAAACCUCCCAAAUGGGGAUUGCCCAUGGAUCCUCCUCACAGCAGAGCUUCAGCUGCAUGUGGAGGUGGGAAUAUUGCCUGCUCUAUCAGUCAGAGCCUCCAUCCUGGCAUAGGAAUGCUGGGAAAGCUGUGAUUCAGCUUUUCCCAGGGGGACUCACCCUCCUGCUUGUGCAUGUUCUGCAUGUUCCCUCAUCCCGCUGGAUUUAGUACUAUUAAAGGAUGAUGUAAAGGAUGUCA